GUCAGUAUUCCAGUCUCAAUGGCCAAUCCUCUCUGUCUGUUCCUCAUAACAACCAUGACAAUGGCAAUAACUAAAGCUCAUUUCUCUUAAAACUUGAAUGAUGAAGGGAACAAUUUUCAUCAAGGUCCUUCUUCUCUAAAUUCCCUUGGAGGCAUCAACAGGGAUUAUUUCAAAGGGAAAUUACAUGGAUGAUCUGAAGGAGGAGCUCUCACCUGAGGACUUCAAGGCUACUAAAAGUAACCGAAUCAGAUAUUCUAGACCAGAUUUUAGACAGCUUCCUUAUUUCGCGACUGAUUUUGAAUGGAAAGAUUAUAGCCCUGCUGUUUUCAGACGUAUACUGGAGAAUGACAGUAUUGAAUAUUCCGAUUACCAGUUGUCAGUAUGUGGAGAUGAGACUCUAAGGGAGGUUUCAUUCUCUAUGAAACCUGGUAUGAUGUUCUUAUUGUCCAACGACAAUCGGUUUGUCAUCAAAACCCUGCGCAAAUCUGAGGUGAAGAUACUCCUAGAGAUGCUUCCCAACUACUACCAUCAUCUUAUGAAGUUCGGUUCCUCAGUAAUAGUCAAACUUUAUGGAGUUCAUGUUGUCAGGCCAGCAGGAGGUAUUAAGGUUUACUUUGGUGUUUGGGAAAACAUAGUCCCGUCAGAUAUUUCCAUAUUUGAGCAUUAUGAUCUCAAAGGCUCUGCAAAAGGUCGAGCAGAGAACAAAAUCAUUGUUCAUGAGAGACCUGUACAUAAGGAUAUGGAUUUUGAUUUUUGCUUUUACCUGGAUCCAUUGGUUCGAGCUCGACUCUUAGCGCAAAUCAAGUAUGACUGCGAGUUUUUGGAAGCUGAAGGCAUCAUGGAUUAUAGUUUGUUUCUAGCUAUACAAAUCGAAUCUCCACAUGAAGUUGAUAAAAGAAAUUCCAGAAAGACUGAUAAAGCGAUAAUGGAAAGAACUUCCAGAACGACUGAUAAAGAUAUACUGGAAAGAAUUUCCCGAAGGACUGAUAAAGAGAUAAUGGACGAUACUUCAGAAGGAAGUGAAUGCUCAGAGUUAACUCUUGCUGAUAUUUGCGAUCUACUUGACAGGCCUGGUUAUAAAUUUGGUGCGAGCCUGCCAGCACGUGCUGUCCGGGACUUCAGGAAAGAAAUGGUGGGAUGUUCGAGAUCAUAUAAGUCCAGAAACUCUAGAUCUAGAGCACAGCCAGCACAUGAAUGCUUCAAUGUUCUUUUGUUCUUUAGAAUCAUAGAUAUUUGUCAGAGUUACAAUAUGAGAAAACGCCUUGAGCAUGCUUGCAAGUCCAUCAAAUAUGACUCAAAGUCCAUCGCAUCUGUGAACCCCAAAGCUUAUUCUUCUCGCUUUCAAGAGUUUAUGAGCGAAGUGUUUCUACCUGAAGAGUCAAACGACUUUAGCAAUAGCCGGGUCUCAGCUGCAUCAUCAUCGAAGAUUUCUGUUAGAUGA